UCAAUGAGAUCAGGGCAAACUAUGAAAAGCUCCUCACCAGAAAUCAGAUAGAGACCGUGCUGUCAACAAGGAUCCAGGUAAUGAUUUCAUACAGACAGGCACCUUCCAGGAUAAGGAGACAAUCCCUGUCCAUGCAAUUCCUGUCCCGGCCUCUCUGAGCUAGAAGAAGACAUAAGCAAAAAAAUGGACAAGGAUGAAGAGGCUUUAAAGGCUGCUCAGGCAGAACUCAAGGAGGCCAGACGCCAGUGGCACCACCUGCAAGUGGAAAUUGAAUCUCUCCAUGCUGUGGAAAGGGGUCUUGAAAAUUCCCUCCAUGCCAGUGAGCAACAUUACCAGAUGCAGCUGCAAGACCUCGAGGCAGUGAUCGAAGGCUUAGAAAAGGAGCUACAGGAAGUAAGACGAGGCAUCGAAAAACAGCUUCAAGAACAUGAGAUGUUGCUCAACACAAAGAUGAGACUAGAACAAGAAAUAGAGACUUAUCGCCGGCUCCUAGAAAAGGAAGAGAUCAGGUAUUAUGGCUGCAUCCAAGGCGCAAAAAAAGAACGAAAACCUACCACGAGUAGGGUUGGUUUUGUUUUACCUUCAGCCAUUAUAAAUGAAAUAUCUUUCUCAACAAAAGUCCCACAAACGUUUGAGAAUGAGAAAGUGGAGACAGUGACCAAACAGGCGAUAUUAAAUGGAAAUAUCGUGAAGGAGAGCACAGAAGCACACGGGACUAUUCAGACAGAAAAAGUGGAUGAAGUUAUUAAAGAAUGGGAAGGUUCCUUCUUUAAAGAUAACCCUCGAUUAAGGAAAAAAUCUGUUUCUCUUCGAUUUGAUCUUCAUUUAGCUGCCACUGAUGAAGGAUGUUUACAGACUAAGCAGGAUAAUCUACCAGAUAUAGAAGUCAGGCUUAUCAUGAGAAGAUCAUGCAGUAUCCCGUCCAUUAAACAUCCAUCAGCAGCUAAUUAAUCCGAAGGCAGUAUCUGAUUUGAUUUUAAAAUGACACUAGAAUGGACAGGUGUCCAUGCUGACCACCUUCUGUUCUAAAACAUAAGUUAUUAAGUAUGUAUGUUAUGAGCAGGGUGUGAGUCACUUCAGGGGGAAAGAAAGUAAGACUCAAAUUUUCUAAUUAUGAAUGCAGUUUUUAGAGAGGAAAAAAAAUCCGAAAUUCAGUAUGAUUUCUGUUUUAUUUAUUUUCCAAAUUGUCUUUUUCCCUUGAAAUUUUAUCAGCAACUAUAAGCAUUAAGCUGGUUUAGUUCAUUAUGAUAUUUCACUCCAUGGCUGAGUUGUGUUAAGAAAAAGGGAACAGUUUGUUUAAUAUGAUUGAAAAUUUAAUGAUACAUUAAGAAUCUGAGUUACAUAUAGUUGUCCACAAUUUGUUCUGGCUUAAAAGGUUUUCUACCAAAAAAAAAAUCAUUCUAAACAAACAUUAUAAACACACUUAAAAUUUUUCUUUUCAAGACAAUCAUUUGUACACCUAAAAGAGUAACAGUUACUUUCCAUGCGCAGUUCUAAGCAAACUAGGGAACAUACCUCAGGACUAAUUUUAGGAUUAAAUACAAUUAAGUUCAUCUCUAUCUGAAAGUUUUUAUAAUCAUUACCUGUUUGUCAGGAGUUUCUUUACUCGGCGAAUUUUAAGGUGUGUCCUCCCCCAUUUAAAAAAAAUCAGGCCAGAUAAGCAACGAAAUAUGAAAAGUUAGUUACUACAGGUACUCAGAGGGUUAUCCAGCUGCUCACCACCCCAAUUUUUCCAUUUGUAUAGUUAAAUGUGAUUAGUUUGGGUGUUGGAUGCAAACAUUAGAAAAGAUACUAUGUGAAAUACCAGAUAUUUCUUGCAAAUAUUUAUGUGUAUUAGGUAACAUUAUUGUUAUCUAAGCUAAUAAUAUUUGCAGGAUUUCCAUUUUAAAUUGCUCAAACUAAUAAAUAUGGAUAGAAAAUAUAAUUGUGAAUAAGU